AUGCUUCUGGAACCAAUUGCUAACACAAUUACCUCUGUAGAAGGUGACACACCAACGAUUUCAAAAUGUCUGCAUUUAUUUAAAAAAAUGGUUAACACCUCAUUAGAAAAUGUCACUAAAAGUCCAUUGUUAUCCAAAGAGGAAGCAGAUACAAGGGCAAUUUUUGAAAAUCGGAAGAAGUUUGCUAUUUAUAGUGUUCAUUUUGUAGCUAACCUUUUGGAUCCAAAAUAUCGUGGCUGCGAACUUAGCUCAGAUGAGAUGACUGAUGCGACAGAAGUCAUAUACAAGGUAGCACAGAAGAUGCCAGAUGUCGAUGAAGCAGCCGUCUUAGCUGACGUUGUCAAUUUUAUUGCAAAAGAAGGACUAUUCAAAAAGGCUUUUCUAUGGAAUGAGGACACAAUUGCAGCUAUCAGCCCUAUUGCCUGGUGGAGUGGUCUUUGCUCAAAUACCGCACUCUCCAAGUUGGCGAUUCGUUUUCUAGAGUUGCCAGCGACAUCAGCAGCAUGUGAAAGAUCCUUUUCUUCAUAUUCGGGAAUUCACACCAACAAGAGAAACAGGCUGACCAAUACUCGAGCGUCAAAAAUCGUGUAUGUGGCUCAUAAUUUAAAAUUAAUGGCUGAACUACAGCCAAGUGAAUCAUCCAGUUCAGAAUCAAUUGCUGGCCCUAGCUUCACAGUAAAUCCUGCAUUAGAAUCUGAACCGGAACCAAUGAUAAUAUCCAAUUCAGAUCAGUCCGAGUCUGUCUUUGAAAGUGAUGAAGAGGAAGCUUCAGAGUCUGAAGAAAAUGCAGAUAGCGACGGGACGGAUCAGUGUUCAUUUAAGGGAUUCGGUUAAUUAAUUGAACCUUUUCAAUCAUUAAGACGUUGUUUUU